CUCAUAACGAAAGCCACCGGUCGCUUGGCUGAAUACCGAAUGCUGAUGUGAAAUUACCAAAAAAAAAACGGAAUGCAUUCGGUUCCCGCGAAAAUAGUGACAUUUUAAUAUUUUUUUGUGGUCGUUUUUAAAAUGGAGGAUAGAUUAGUGUAAUUAAUUGUGUAUUUGUGUGGUCUGUGUUGGCAGAUUGGUUAAGCAGUAGCUUGGAUUCUUAAAUGGUGGUGAAGACUGGUGAAGGGCUGAUGAUGAGGCACGAUGAGGCGAUGCUGGCGCUGGAUCGUGCUCAUGCUGAAUGCGGUCGCCGCUCUGUCUCCUGUCGUUAAGAUUGGGGCAGUGUUCACGGAAGACGCGAGAGGGGGGAGCACAGAAUUGGCCUUCAAAUACGCUGUCUACAGGAUCAAUAAAGAGAGGAGUCUUUUGCCCAAUAGUACACUUGUCUAUGAUAUCCAGUACACCUCGGCGAGGGACACGUUUAAGACUUAUAAAAAAGCGUGUGCACAGAUCCAGUCAGGGGCGGUAGCGUUAUUCAGUGGCGUGGGCCCACUGUUGGGCAACACUCUAGACCACAUGUGCUCGGGUUUGCACGCACCACACUUAACCGUUGGACCUUAUGUACAUGAUAAUAGGAAUCACUCGUUCACAAUAAACCUGUACCCUCCACGGGAUAUCAUCACGAAGGCAUUCACAGAGUUUCUCAGUUUUCUCAACUGGACCAGAAUGGGAGUCAUAUAUGAAGACUACGGAUAUGGGGAGCUAAACAUUUUAGACAUAGCUAAGGAUGGGCGCGACAUGUACGCUAUCAGAUGCCACGACGCUAAAGAGUACAGACGUUCUCUCGCUCAGCUGAAAGCUCAGAAUAUAGAACAUAUAAUAGUGGACACGGAUCCAAAGAGAGUCAGGCAAUUGGCCAGAGCGAUUCUACAACUACAGAUGAACAACGAAAACUAUCAUUAUGUGUUCACAUCGUUUGACUUUGAACUAUUCGACAUGGAAGACUUUUACUAUAACAGAGUGAAUAUGAGUGGAUGGAGGCUAGUGGACAGGGAUUCUGAUAAGGUGAAGGAGUCCCUUCAGGUUAUGGAGAAGUUCCAUCCAAUAGGAGCUUCUAUACUUAGCGGGGGACAUAUUAAGACAGAACCAGCCCUCCUAUAUGAUGCUGUCCAGGUGUUGUCCCAAGCCCUGGCCAUCACGGAGGACAUUAGGCCCGGGAAUGUCUCCUGUGACAAGGAUACACCUUGGACCCACGGGAAAGCGCUAUACGAUAAUAUUAAUUCGAUCCAGGCGCACGGUCUGACGGGCCCCAUCAGCUUCAGGGCGGGCGUCCGCGCGGACGUGGCGCUGCAGCUGGUGCGGCUGCGCGGCGGCGAGCGCGGCGGGCCCGCGCUGGCCGGCCGCUGGGGCGCGCGCGAGGGCCUCGUGCUCACCGACCCUGCCGCCUACACCAGGGACCCGCCGCCUAAUGUCACGCUCACUGUCGUUACUGUUGAGGAGAAGCCCUACGUGAUGGUAAAAGAAGGCUGGAAUCUCCAAGGCAACGCUCGUUUCGAAGGCUUCUGCAUCGACCUGCUUGCCCGGGUGGCCGCCAGGGCCGGCUUCCACUACCGGCUACGACUUGUCCCGGACAAUAUGUACGGGGCACGGGAUCCCGAUACCGGGCAUUGGAAUGGCAUCGUCAGAGAGCUCAUGGAUAGGAAAGCAGAUAUAGCCGUAGCGUCCAUGACCAUAAACUACGCCCGGGAGGCUGUCAUAGACUUCACGAAGCCUUUCAUGAAUCUCGGCAUUGGAAUACUUUUUAAGGUACCGACCUCCCAGCCGACCCGUCUCUUCAGCUUCCUGAACCCGCUCGCGAUAGAGAUCUGGUUGUACGUGCUGGCUGCCUACAUCCUGGUCUCCUUCACACUCUUCGUGAUGGCCAGGUUUUCGCCUUACGAAUGGUCAACCAGCACCCACAUAUGCGGUCACGAGACCAAACUCCUGACGAACCAGUUCAGCGUGUGCAACUCGUUCUGGUUCAUCACGGGGACGUUCCUGAGACAGGGAUCCGGGUUGAAUCCUAAGGCGACGUCGACCCGCAUAGUGGGCGGUAUCUGGUGGUUCUUCACGCUGAUCAUCCUGUCGUCGUACACGGCGAACCUGGCCGCCUUCCUCACGGUGGAGCGCACAGUGUUGCCCAUACAGAGCGCCGCCGACCUCGCCGCGCAGUCCGCCAUACACUACGGGACCCUGAACGGAGGGUCGACUAUGUCUUUCUUCAGGGACUCAAAAAUAGAUAUCUAUCAGAAGAUGUGGGUCCACAUGUCGAGCGCGUCCCCACCGGCGCUGGUCUCCUCCUACGAGGAGGGAGUGAGGAGGGUCCUGGCUGGAAACUACGCCUUCCUCAUGGAGUCCACCAUGCUAGACCACAGGGUCCAGAGGGACUGUAACCUGACGCAAAUUGGGGGGCUAUUGGAUUCGAAGGGUUACGGCAUAGCCACUUGGAAAGGCAGUCCGUGGAGAGACAAGAUAUCCCUUGCUAUACUAGAAUUACAAGAAAAGGGGGUCAUACAAAUAUUGUAUGACAAAUGGUGGAAGAACACGGGAGAUGUGUGCAACAGAGACGGGAAGGAUAGUAAAGCUAAUCCUCUGGGAGUACAAAAUAUUGGCGGUGUAUUCGUGACGCUACUAUGCGGCCUAGCUUUAGCGAUAGUGGUAGCCAUCCUGGAGUUCUGUUGGAACACCAAGAAGAACGCGACACAGGGACGACAGUCACUCUGCAGUGAGAUGGGACAGGAGUUGAGGACCGCGAUGCGGGGCGGUUCCUCCAGCAGGACAGUCCUGCGGCCGGGCUGCUCGCGGUGCUCACCAGCCACGCACGUACCACCAGCGGCCUCGAGAUACGAGGUUAGGCAGUCGCGCAGCAGCAGUGUGGAGCUGAAGGAGCUCCGCUGGUCGUAGCGGCUGCGCGGGCGCGGCCCC